UCGCUUUAAUAAGACAGUCUUGCUUUAAGAAACAAACUGUAUUCUAAUUGGUUAAAAAUGACCUACCAAUCAGCAGUUGUUAUCUGACUGGAGAUCCUGACUGUCCUUUUUCUUGCACCAUUGCAUAUGAAGACGAGACAAUGUAAAUUGGAUAGCGAGCUGCCUUGGGUUGCAGCCGUUUCCUUCAGCCCAUCUUUCGUGGAUUUUAGCAUCCAACUGGAGAAACUCAUCAAAUAAUCGAGACUUCUUAUCGAAAGAGAAGAUACUCUUUUUUACAAGGAAGCCUUUCUUCUGAAGGUAUACAUCUUUUUAUCACGGGAAUAAACCGAAAGCCACGGGUAUCGCACGGAAGCCAUUGGAAUGUUUAACACCGGCGAUGAAAUGUUAUAAACUAUUUUGUUUCUUAAAAAGGGAACUGUUGUGUUACAUGUUUAUCGCCUGGGAGCUAGUUUUCGCAGAAAUUCAUUAUUCGAUUCCCGAGGAAUUGCAGCGAGGCGCCUUUGUUGGGAAUAUUGCAGACGAUUUGGGUUUAGACGUUAAACAGCUCGCGGCUCGUAAUUUCCGUCUUGUGCCAGGUGAAAGAAAGCAGUAUUUGGAGGCAGAUAUAAACAGUGGGAUUUUAUUAGUAAAGGAAAAAAUUGACAGGGAGGAGCUCUGUGGUCCAAGCCUUGCUUGCGUUCUGUCGUUGGAGGCCGUGCUUGACAAUCCUCUCAGUCUGUAUCAAAUCGAAGUGGAUAUUCUGGAUAUUAAUGACAAUUAUCCCAGUUUUCCAAAGAGCCUGUUUCGGAUUGAAAUAUCUGAGCUUACCGUGCCGGGGGCUCGCUUCCCCCUCGAGUCCGCUCACGAUCCGGAUAUUGGAACUAACUCCAUUCAAACCUACCAGCUGGUGGCAAAUGAUUUCUUUGCAUUAAACAUUGAAGCUGGUAUCGCAGACUGGAAAUUGCCAGUUUUAGUGCUGCAACAGCCCUUGGACAGGGAGACGCGUUCGGCCCACAAGCUACUGCUCUUGGCCAAAGAUGGCGGGAUCCCCGAAAGGUCGGGCAGUACCGAAAUAAACAUCGCAGUGGAAGAUGCUAACGAUAAUACGCCGAUUUUCUCUCAGUCGGUAUACAAGGCUAGUUUGUUAGAAAAUGUGGCCAAAGGGACAAUAGUACUGCAAGUAAAUGCCACUGAUUUGGAUGAUGGUUCAAACGGAGAGAUUCUAUUUUCUUUCAGUAGUCAUACCUCUGCCAGGGUUCGUGAAAUUUUUAACUUAGAUCCUCAAACUGGUGAAAUAAAACUUAAUAGGAAUUUAGAUUACGAAGAAAAUAAUGUAUAUGAUAUUAUAAUACAAGCUAAGGACAAGGGUAGUUACGCUACUGCCGUGUACAGUCACAUUUUGUUGACUAUUUUAGAUGUAAAUGAUAACUCGCCUGAGGUUACCCUAACAUCUUUGUCAAGCCCAAUUCCCGAGAACUCGCCGCCUGGAACUGUAGUCGCUCUAAUAAGUGCGUCUGAUAGAGAUUCCGGCGAGAAUGCGGAACUCCGGUGUCAAGUCGUAAAUAAAGUGCCUUUCAUAUUGGAUUCCUCCUCAAAGAAGCACUUAAGAUUACUUACACGCGAUUUGCUGGACCGAGAAUCGGCCUCCAUGCACAACGUAACCGUUGCCUGCAGUGACGGCGGAAGUCCGCUUCUCACCACUAGCAAAACCAUUCCAAUUGAGGUUUCAGACAGAAAUGACAACUCUCCACAAUUUUCGAAACCUGUGUUCACAGCCUCCGUGAUGGAGAACAAUGAUAUUGGUGCCUCCAUAUUCUCCAUGACAGCAUUUGAUCCGGACCUGGAUGAAAAUGCUCGGAUAUCGUACAAUAUUCUGGACAGUUGGGUAGAGGGGCAGUUAGUGAACAAUUAUAUCUAUAUUAAUUCGGAGACUGGGAUUAUAUAUACUUACCGAUCAUUUGACUAUGAAGAGUUAAAAACCUUUCAGAUUCAGGUUCGGGCACGUGACCACGGAGUCCCAUCGCUUUCCAGUAAUGUCUCCGUAGACGUCAUCAUCCUUGACCAAAAUGAUAACGCCCCAGUGAUCGUUCAUCCAUUAGGGCCAGCGACAACGGAGGUCGUAUCCCGAUUCGCUGAAGCAGGCUAUCCGGUAACCAAAGUUACGGCUACAGAUGCCGACUCGGGACAAAAUGCUCGCCUCUGCUAUCGGAUCCUCCAGGCUACUGACUUCGCACUUUUUACUAUUUCAGAGGGGACGGGAGAAAUAUGGACAACUCGUGCUAUUACAAAGAACGAUGCAUCCAAACAAAAAUUGGUUGUCCAAGUGAAUGACAAUGGGACACCUGCACUUUCUGCUUCUAUAACUAUUAUUUUGACUUUGAGAGAUGGGGAACAACCAUUGCUUUCCGACAAAAAUAUUUUGCCGCAAGGGCCUAACUUUGCUUCUGUAACCAGCCUUUUCUUAGUGAUUUCAUUAGCAAUAACUUCAACUAUUUUUCUGGCUAUUUUGAUUUUACUAGCUGUUAAAUUUCACAAAAGCAGAAAUGUAUUUGAGGACCACUGUGUACUGGGCCCGUGUUGUUGCUUACGUACAAAACGAUCACUGAAUGGAAUUCAGAAAGCCAGCCGCAGCCUCCACAUUCCUCCGAACUAUGUUGAAGUAUUUGGAGGCGAUCCGCUGUCACAAAGUUAUCGGUAUGAGAUGUGUUCCAUGGCACGUUCGACAAAGGGAGACUUCAUGUUCCCCAAAACCAAUGGUUCAUCAAAGGGAGGUAACAAAGCGGCUGGUGAAGUUGUUGUGAAGGCAGAAACUUCAUUAUUCACAAAUUAUGGGAACCCUGCUCAUUCUGAGGUGAGAGGCUUGUUUGGUAGGAGAGGCUUGUUUGGUUAA